UGUAGUUUUCUAUAUUUUCGUCGCACCGGGCACUGGGCACCCUCUCACGCUUGCGUAUUUCUCGUUGCUUGUCUGGUUUACUUCUGUAGCACGAUCAACAGCCAUUGACACCGAAAGAGCGAUCGAGAGUUGUUUCUGGGUUUUUAUUUCCAUUUCACCAUUCCUUUCAAGAUAAAACACAGCUUUCAUUUUGAUCCUCCAAAGAGUGCGGGAUUGAGAAGGAAAAAGGACCCAUAGAUAGAUUCGGUUAUUCCAUUAAUUUAAGAUCAUGGCCAGAGAAUACGAGGGAUGUGCAGUGGGAAUUGACCUUGGCACAACUUACUCGUGUGUUGCAGUGUGGCUGGAGCAGCACUGUCGAGUGGAGAUCAUCCACAAUGACCAAGGCAACAAUACCACCCCUUCUUGUGUUGCUUUCACAGACCAUCAAAGGUUGAUUGGUGAAGCUGCUAAAAACCAGGCUGCUACCAACCCAGAGAACACUGUGUUUGAUGCUAAGAGGUUGAUUGGUAGGAAAUUUAGUGACCCUGUUAUUCAAAAAGAUAAAAUGUUGUGGCCGUUCAAGAUUGUUGCUGGUAUUAAUGACAAACCCAUGAUUUCCCUUAAUUACAAGGGCCAGGAGAAACACCUUUUAGCCGAGGAAGUAUCAUCUAUGGUCCUCACAAAGAUGCGGGAGAUUGCAGAGGCAUAUUUGGAAACACCUGUAAAAAAUGCAGUGGUUACUGUGCCUGCUUAUUUCAAUGACUCACAACGUAAAGCCACCAUAGAUGCUGGUUCUAUUGCAGGCCUGAAUGUUAUGCGGAUAAUCAAUGAACCUACUGCUGCAGCUAUUGCAUAUGGGCUUGACAAGAGAACUAAUUGUGUUGGAGAGCGAAGCAUCUUCAUCUUUGACCUUGGUGGUGGUACUUUUGACGUGUCUCUCCUCAUAAUUAAGGAUAAGGUCUUCCGAGUUAAGGCCACUGCAGGAAACACUCACCUUGGAGGGGAGGACUUUGACAACAGAAUGGUGAACUACUUUGUACAAGAGUUCAAGAGGAAGAACAAAGUUGACAUUAGUGGGAAUGCAAGAGCCCUAAGGAGGUUGAGAAGUGCAUGCGAGAGGGCAAAAAGGAUACUCUCGUAUGCAGUGACUACCAACAUUGAGGUAGAUGCUUUAUUCCAGGGCAUUGACUUUUGCUCCUCAAUCACCCGUGCAAAAUUUGAGGAAAUCAAUAUGGAGCUCUUUGAAGAGUGUAUGGAAACAGUAGAUAGGUGUCUUUCUGAUGCCAACAUGGACAAGAGCAGUGUACAUGAUGUUGUCCUUGUUGGUGGUUCUUCUAGGAUUCCAAAAGUGCAGGAGCUAUUGCAGGACUUCUUCAAUGGGAAGAUUCUGUGCAAGAGCAUCAACCCUGACGAGGCUGUUGCUUAUGGUGCAGCUGUGCAGGCUGCUUUGUUGAGUAAAGGCAUUGUGAAUGUUCCAGACUUGGUCCUGUUGGAUAUUACACCUCUGUCUCUUGGUAUAUCGCUAAAAGGAGAUCUCAUGAGUGUGGUGAUUCCUAGAAAUACUACCAUUCCUGUAAAGACGACAGAAACAUACUCUACAGCUGUAGAUAACCAAUCUGCUGUCCUGAUUGAGGUUUAUGAGGGUGAGAGAACAAGAGCCAGUGAUAACAAUUUGCUGGGUUUUUUUAGGCUUUCUGGCAUUCCUCCUGUUCCUCGUAACCAUCUUGUGUAUAUUUGCUUUGCCAUAGAUGAAAAUGGUAUUCUAUCUGUUUCUGCCGAGGAAAAAAGCACUGGCAAUAAGAAUGAGAUUACCAUAACCAAUGACAAAGAAAGGUUAUCAACCAAAGAAAUUAAAAGAAUGAUUCAAGAAGCUGAGUAUUACCAGGCUGAAGAUAAGAAAUUCCUUAGGAAGGCCAAAGCAAUGAAUGAUUUGGAUUGUUACGUUUACAAGAUCAAGAAUGCUUUAAAGCAAAAGGAUAUCAGCUCAAAGCUUUGCUCAAAAGAAAAGGAGGAUGUUAGUUCUGCAAUUACAAGAGCUACAGAUUUGCUUGAAGGUAAUAACCAGCAGGAUGACAUAGCUGUGUUUGAGGAUAAUCUGAAAGAGCUUGAGAGCAUCAUUGAACGCAUGAAGGCCAUGGGCAAAAUUGUUUAGUUGUUGUUCAGUUGUAAUUUCCUGUGGUGUUAACUUAGAAUUUUGUGUGUGAUAAAUGCAAACUUUCAUGAUUGAUGUUGAGCUAAAAUAGCUGAAGUUUGAUAACUUUGCAGAGGAUGUGUUCUUAAAAUUAUUGCUAUUAUUGACUUGAGCACUUAACAUUUCUGAUUGAUCCUUUGACUCCUUC